UUAUAAGUACUUCUCUAGAUAUUGUGCUGUUGCUGAUGUUGAUGCUGCUGAUGCUUGUUGUAUGUUGCUAGUGCUUCAAACGUCGGUGGGGUAUAAUAUAACAUCUCGACGACCUCACCUUGCCUUACCUCGCCUCACCUCACCUCACCUCACCUCACCUCACCUCACUCCACUUCACCGCAAACUUACUCCAAUAUUGCAUUCAUUUAUUUUGGCAUAUAUACAUCUUUAAUUCACUUUUCGAGGCUGUGAAGAACAAAUCAAUCUUAAAAUUCCCCGUAGAUUUGUUUCCAAUCUUACCUAGCCAUCGGGAUAACGGCUUACGGUCUGGAGAAGCGGGUUGAUACGUUGGUGUCACUUUCAUUUGUGUACGGGUCAACAAGGUUAUUGGACCGUAUCUCGAGUAUUUGAAGAAACACUAAGGGUGAAUCUUUUCCUUUCGACGACAUCAAAAUCUCUUACCGCAACAAAUCUUCUACUUAAGAACUUCUUCCAAAGAACUUCUUCCACAACUUCUUCCACAACCUCUCCAACUAUCACACAACAACACACACUCUCCUCUCAUCCACAGUCUUUUACAUCUAAAGACCGAUUACUCAACUUACGUCACACUCCUUAUUCAAACUUACCAUCACACCUAAAAUCUUUCAACAAUAAUUCGCAUCAAAUCAUCCAAUAUGGAAAAAGAUACUGCGCACGCGCAUUCUCCAGAGCUUGUCGCAGUUCAUGGAGAGGAUAACGUCGAAUAUCGCACUGAUACCCCUACUACCGCUAUUGAUCAAAGUAGUUGGAAGCAUAAGCAUCAUCGAUUCCUUGGUGUGAGCUUUUGGUAUGCAUCUCCUAGUGUUCAACUUACCAUGGUCGCAUUCGUUUGCUUCCUUUGCCCUGGUAUGUUCAAUGCGCUUGGUGGUCUUGGCGGUGGUGGGAAAUCAGAUCCAACUCUUGCAGAUCAUAUGGUAAGUCAUUCAUCCUUUAUAUCCAUCUUCUCACUUGAUUACUUUUCUUGGUAUUCAUGAUGAUGGAUUUUAAUUUGGAACUCUUCGCUGUCAUGAGUUUAUUACUGAUAUGAUAUUUUCUAGAACACCGCUCUAUAUUCCACUUUUGCAGUCUUCGCCUUUUUCGGUGGUACUUUCGUCAACAAACUGGGUGUGAAAGCUUGUUUGGCUUUUGGUGGUAUCGGAUAUUGCAUUUAUGCAAUCUCUCUUCUCGCUUCUGUUCACGCAAAUGUUGAUGGUUUUAAUAUUUUCGCUGGGGCACUUCUAGGUGUUUGUGCUGGUCUUUUAUGGACUGCACAAGGAACCAUCAUGGUUUCAUAUCCAUAUGAAGCUAAUAAGGGAAAAUACUUUGGUGUUUUCUGGGCUGUCUUUAACUUUGGUGCCGUUCUUGGUGCUUUGGUAGGUUUUCUUAUUUCUUCACCUUCUUACACACGACUUAUACAUAUCUUGCUUUAUUUUCAAAUUUCUGUAUCUCCGCAUCACAUUUUGGUGCGAAGAGAAAAUCUACUACUCUAGCAACUCACAUAAUACUAAAGAUGGGGGCUAACAUUAAUUUAGAUUCCACUUGGUCAAAAUAUCCACAGCAAGGGCAACUCCACUGUCAACGAUGGCACCUAUAUCGCAUUCAUUAUUCUCAUGUUCCUUGGUGCUUGUCUAGCCCUCUUCUUAUGUAACGCCGACGACAUCGUUCGACCAGAUGGUACCAAAGUUGUCCUUAUGAAACACCCAUCCUGGAAAUCUGAAUUCAUUGGUCUUUACGAUACUAUCGUUUCAGAACCAUUCAUCAUUCUUCUCUUCCCCAUGUUCUGGGCUUCCAAUUGGUUUUACACCUAUCAACAAAAUGGAAUGAAUGCUGCUGUAUUUAAUACCCGCACUCGCGCUCUCAACAACGUGUUAUACUGGACGGCUCAAAUUUUCGGUGCAAUCAUCUUCGGUUUCGGUCUCGAUGCUGGUAACUUUCGUCGAUCGGUUCGUGCCAAGUCCGCUCUUGCUUUCCUGUUUACUAUCACCAUGAUUACUUGGGGUGGUGGAUACGCAUUUGAAAGAACCUAUACUCGUGAGAGCACUAAUUCAAUCACCGGGGACUAUAAUCCUGUUGAUUGGACUGAUGGUGGAAAGAAAUACAUCGGUCCCAUGUUCCUCUACAUCUUCUAUGGAUUUUUCGAUUCCGCAUGGCAAGGAUGCGUAUAUUGGUUCAUGGGAGCCCUCUCUAACUCUGGACGUAAAUCAGCCAACUACGUUGGUUUCUACAAGGGUAUUCAAUCAGCUGGCGGUGCCGUCAUGUGGGCAUUGGAUGCGAAGAAACUUUCUUACCAUGAUGAGUUUAUAAGCAAUUGGAUUCUUCUGUCUGUUUCUUGCGUCAUCGCCGCUCCGGUUAUCUUUUUGAGAAUUAAGGAUACGGUUUCGGUAGAGGAGGAUUUACAGGGUACGGAUGAAACUUUGGCGGAUGUGGUUCCUGAGGGUCAUGCGGAGAAGGAGGCUGGGGCUCAUGAGUUGAAUACUCGUGUUGAUCGUAGCGAUAAAGUUUAAUUUGUGUUUUGGUUUUUUGUUUUUGCAGAGCAUUACCUUCUUUUCUCAUUUCUCACUGACUUAAUUGAGUCUUUUAUUUGCUUUGCUUUGGGAAUUGCUUCUUUAUGUUUUGUGGGGGUUAGUAGAUGGGAUUCCUACAAGGGCUAUAAGGAAGGGAUGGUUGGGUAGAUGGAUGGAUGAAUGGAUAGCAUUUUUCUGGUCGAUUAUUUGAUGAUUCGAUAAUUCGAUGAUUCCUCUACAUCUCCCGAAUCAAAAUUUCCAGAAACCAACCUUUGCUUCUUUUCUCUCCCUCCCUCUCCCUCCCUCUUCCUCUCUCUUUCUCACACAUCCCAAAAUAUCCCAACAACCGCAUCUCCGGAGAAACAAAAAAAAACCAACGAACAAAGCGAAUAUUUUGAUUUUUGAUCAUUUCAUUGGUCAUUGGGUAAAUGAAUAAAAUAAAUAAAUAAAUAAACUCUUUUCCUUCCCUUUCUUUGGAUUGAGUGAGUGAAAGUUUUCCUUGGGUGGAGUUUAGUUUUUAGUU